AAGCAGGACCGGAAGCGGGGUAGCCGUUUUUCUCGCCGCGCGGGGAGGAGCGGCUCACGUGGGCGGAGCUCCAGCUCGCGUUCUCUGUGGAGGCGGGGUCGGCUGAAGAGGAGAUCGGGGCUCUGGUGUGGGCUUCCGCGACCCGUUCGAACAGAAGCUGUUCGUACUUGGUGCACUUUGGACUCUUGUGAUAAUUAACCAAGAGUAGCUCUAUUUGUCCAACCAAAUACCUAAAGAAGAAAGAAAAUGGCUUGUGUUGAGUUUUCUUUUCAUGUGCCAAGUCUAGAAGAGCUUGCUGGAGUUAUGCAGAUGGGGUUAAAAGAUAACUUUGCUGAUGUCCAGGUCUCUGUAGUUGAUUGCCCUGAUUUGACUAAGGAACCCUUUACCUUUCCUGUAAAAGGCAUCUGUGGGAAAACUAGAAUUGCAGAAGUAGGAGGUGUGCCUUACUUAUUGCCUCUUGUAAACCAAAAAAAAGUUUAUGAUCUGAAUAAAAUUGCAAAAGAAAUCAAGCUACCUGGAGCUUUUAUUCUUGGAGCAGGAGCAGGUCCAUUUCAAACUCUUGGGUUCAAUUCUGAGUUUAUGCCAGUUAUUCAGACAGAAAGUGAACACAAGCCUCCUGUGAAUGGAAGUUACUUUGCCCAUGUGAACUCUGCAGAUGGAGGGUACCUUCUGGAGAAAUACAGUGAGAAGCAUCAUGAUUUUGAGUGUGCAUUAUUGGCUAAUCUUUUUGCCAGUGAGGGGCAACCUGGCAAGGUAAUUGAGGUGAAAGCCAAAAGAAGAACUGGACCACUUAACUUUGUGACUUGUAUGAGACAGAACCUGGAAAAACAUUAUGGAAAUAAGCCUGUAGGGAUGGGAGGUACUUUCAUAAUUCAGAAGGGAAAAGUGAAGUCUCACAUUAUGCCUGCAGAAUUUUCUUCCUGCCCCUUGAACUCUGAUGAAGAGGUCAAUAAAUGGUUGCAUUUUUAUGAGAUGAAGGCUCCUUUGGUUUGUCUACCAGUUUUUGUCUCCAGAGACCCAGGGUUUGAUUUGCGACUGGAGCACACUCAUUUUUUUAGUCAUCAUGGAGAAGGUGGACACUACCAUUAUGACACUACUCCAGACAUAGUGGAAUAUCUUGGAUACUUCUUACCUGCAGAGUUUCUCUAUCGCAUUGAUCAACCAAAGGAGACUCAUUCAGUUGGGCGAGAUUAAAUCAGCUGAUACUUAUUUAGAAAAAGAAAUAAUUAAGGUGGCAGGUGGGAAGCCCUUUACCCUUCUGAAGUUAAACCAUAGAAGUUUGCAAUUUGCCUUUCACCAGCAUUAACAGGCUGGGCAUGGUGGCCGAAGCCUGUGGGAGGAUUUCCUGAGCCUAGGAGUUCAAGACCAGCCUGGACACCAUGGUGAGACCCUAUCUAUAUUAUUUAAAUCUUUUCUUAAAUAAAAAAAACACAAAUAUUAGCAACUGGUUGGUUAGCCAUAAUUCCUCCCUUGUUUCGAUUGCCACUUAGAAGCAAUUUGUAUUUUGCUGGUAUUUAAAAUGCAAGAGAGGGGGGAAAAACAGCAUCAAAAUGCAACACUGAAGUGAGCUUACUUUAAUUUGUAAGUGAGGCUGUUGCUGAACAUGACCACUGUACUUGCUGAAGUAUAAAAUUAUACUCACUGAUUGUAAUGGUUGACAUUUUCCUGGAUGUUCUUUGAAUAAUCAUGAGCCAAAGAUCAACUUUGUAAUGGUGCUAAUGCCAAUCUUGCUAAUGUGCAAAUUUAGGAAUUCUUUAGCACUAAGUAAAUAAUUUUCAAAUAAUAUGUUUAAUUGUCUACUUUGGAUGUUAGCUAUGUCUUAUGAGUAUACAUUCCUAUUAUUUUAAGCACUAUUUUGAUGCAAAAAAUGAAUUAAAUUUAUGAAAUAUUGUA